AUGGGUUCAUCUGGUUCAAAAUCGACCACAGCAACCACUACGUCGCAUAGUAGUACGACUACCACUAGUAGCACCACCAGUACAACUACCCCCACUACCACUAGCACAACGAGCAAAACAAGUACAACAAGUACAAGUACUACAUCUACUACUACCCCAGAAAUUGUUGUAAGCAGUUCUAGUACAUUGGUUUCUUCUGUUAUACCCGAACUCACUUCUAGCUCGUCGCUCUCCUCCGAUACAAUUGCCUCAAUUCUAUCAUCGGAGUCAUUGGCGUCCAUUCUUUCUUCUUUUUCAUACACAUCAUCCGAUAUCCCUAGUACAUCGUUCAACAAUAUCGAAUCAUCGACUCCUGAUCCUUCAAACUCAUACAGUGCUCCUUCCUCCACAACUACACAAUCACCCGGCCCCACUACAGCGGCUGGCUCCAUAAGCAGUAGCAUUAGCCAAACAUCUUCCUCGCAAAUCAGUUCAUCAAGUGGAAGUGGUUCCUCUUCAGAGCCAUCAGGAGAGUCUCCUGUCCUAGAAACGUCUGUCUUAUCCUCUGAUACAACUGCAGUCACAUCCUCUACAUCUACCACGCUUACUGAACUUUUAUCUUCCUCCGAGCCAAAUUCCUCAAAACCGGCUGCUGCUUCAGUCAGCACUACUUUCGAUUCUUCGAAAGAAAUUUCUACUUCCACGUCUGAUGUUUCGCCUGCCUCAUUGCUAUCGAGUACUUCCAGCCUCAUAACCUCCAAUUUGCCAACGUCUAGAGCUGCAUCUAGUACAUUUGAAAGAUCCUCAACCGCUUCUAGCUUGAAUAUAUCUGAACUUUCAGCCACUUCCAGCUCGACUGUUUCUUCAGCCCUGCCAUUUACCUCUACGAUUUCAUCGAUCACUUCCAGCUUAACGACUUCAGAAGCUUUGUCCAUGGCAUCUAGCUCUGUGACCUCUAGUUUGUCCACAACAUCUGGAUUAGCAAGUUCAUCGAUGACAUCCAGCUCGGUAAGUUCAGAAGCUUUAUCGACGUCAUCCAGCUCGGUAAGUUCAGAAGCUUUAUCGACGUCAUCCAGCUCGGUGAGUUCAGAAGGUUCAUCGAUGACAUCCAGCUCGGUAAGUUCAGAAGCUUUAUCGACGUCAUCCAGCUCGGUGAGUUCAGAAGGUUCAUCGAUGACAUCCAGCUCGGUAAGUUCAGAAGCUUUAUCGACGUCAUCCAGCUCGGUAAGUUCAGAAGCUUUAUCGACGUCAUCCAGCUCGGUGAGUUCAGAAGGUUCACGGGCGAUAUAUAGCUUAGCAAGUUCUAGGUUGUACACCUCUAAAGCUGCAUCAACUACUUCUAGCUUAGUUACUACAGAGGCUCCGUCAGUAACUUCUAGUCUAAGAUCGUUUAGUGAGCCAUUAGCAAGCAAUUCAGUCAUUGAAAGUUCUUUGUCAUUUGGUUACAAUUUAACCGUCUCUACCAUACCAUCAGCCACAUCUAGCUCGCUUACCUCUGAAGCUUCGUCAAGUAGUUCUAGCUUCGCCAAUUCUAAAACUUCAUCUGCUUCCGCUGGUUUGACCAGAUCUAGAGCGCCAUUCGUCAAUAGUUCAACCGUUGCAAGUUCUGCAUUGACAUCUAUCAGUUUAAGCGCUUCUCAACUUCCAUCAGCCCGGUCUAGUAUCGCUUUUUCAGAAGCUUCGUCAAUUUCCUCUAGUCUAACUAGCUCUAGUGCGUCAUCAGACAAUAAUCCAACUGUUACAAGCGCCUCACUGAUAGCUAGCAGUACAAAAACUUCAGGAGUUUCAUCAAUGGUCUCUAGUAUGACUCCUUCUGAAGCUACAAACACCUCCAAUUUGGCCACAUCUAGCGCAUCAUUUUUGAGCAAUAAAGCUACUGUCCGCUCUUCAUCAGAGACCAAUACUGCAAGUAGUUUUAGUGUACCAACAGUCUCAUCUAGCUCCGUUAGCUCCGAUACUUCGUUAACCACUCCCAGCUUUGCCACCACUAGUGCACCACUUGUAAGUAAUGCGACUGUAAUUAGCUCAUCAUUAGCAGAUUCUAGCUUUCUCGCCCCUGGAACUUCUCCAGCUACUUCCACUUCGGUUCCUUCAGGAGCUUCUUCAACUAUUCCUAGCAGGACUACUGGUACCCCAUUCACAAGUAAUUCUACGGUUGAUAGAUCUUCGUCAAGCGCAGCUGGUUUAGUUACCGAUUCCGCGUCACCAGCUUCCACUUUACGCACUUCCAGCGCACCGUUAGUAAGUAGUGACGCCAGUUCUUCAUUAGCAGCCCGCAAUUUAACCACUUCCAGCGUUUCUUCAUCACAAUUUGUAAGCAAAUCGACUACUCCUAGCUCCAUUCUAGUCGCUCCUAGUAUCCAUAGGUCUGAAAAUUCCUCAAUUGUCUCCACAAUUGCAACGUCUCUCCCUAAUCACACUACAUUUGCUUCUUCAAGUUCAACAUUCACCUCACCCACAAGUAUCUCUGAUGAUACAACUUUUUUAACUACUGCUAAACAAAUUGUAACAUUAACCUCAACUGCCAAUUGCAGCAGAGCUAGUGUCACUUCCAAUAUUACUAAAACAGCAAUUAUAAGUAGGGAGAUCACUAUUGCAGAAACAGUUACAAGCUGUUCAGGUGGUUGCGUCAAAGGCAGAAACACAACCACAUUUAUUACUGUAACAGAUAUUAAUACUUCUACUGCCACUACUUGCCCAGAAAAAGAAGCAACAUUGACCACGAGUGGAGAUGUAACAGAACAUAUCACCAGCACUAAAAUAAAUAAUGUUGGAACAUUCACGUCUUCAGAAAAUUCCAGAGAUACAAGGACUUCUCAAAAAACUGCAAAAAUUGUACCAGAAUCUAGAAUCGUAAGGGGCUCAUCAACCUUUGCAGAAACGACCUCACCAACAACAGAUCUUACAGGAAAAGCAUCCAUGGAGACAAACCCUUCAUCAACCUAUUCAUCAGCAACCAAGGUUACUGAAACCAGAUCUGUUAAAGAAAAUGCUUCACCAGUAACCCAUUCACCAGCAACCAAGGUUACUGGAAACACAACUGUUGACGGAACGAAGAGUAAAUCGACUAAAACAACAAAAGACACUUCAACUAUUGCGAGGUCUUCGGCAAGUCCAGUCGGCAAAGGUGAAACUACCCUUGAAACGAUAAUUGUUUCAAGUAAAAAGUUGUUAUCAACAUCGCAACUAAUUUCAUCCACUAAAAAGGCAACCGGAUCUACUACUAAACUUGCCGCAUCCAUUCAUGGAACAUCCUCAUCUGCUAAACAAAGCACAACAUUUACUGUCAGCACGGCAAAGCAAAAUGCUGGUACGUUCCUGAACAUUAACAUGAAAGUUUUUGCCAUUGGUGCUAUUGCUUUGGUAGCUUAA